GACACGCGCAGCUGUGGUGCUGCACGCUCCGCUGAACAGCUCCUUCCUCAAAAAACAAACAAACAAACAAAAAAAACCCACCGAGGGCGUCGACUUUUAAUCGAGCUGUUUGAGAGACUGCGUCUAAGCAAUAGCAGAGAACAACACAAGGUCAAAGGUGAAGCCGGGAAGUGAUGAAAUGCCACGAAACAGGUGGUUAAUCUGACACUGGGAACAGCUCCAGAUCUUGGGUUUUCCUGAGGUCCAAUAGAGAUGAGCGAGCAGGUCAGUCCAUUGGAAAGAGACCAUUCGCUGUGUGUGGUUCUGCCAGGGGGGCUGGAGAAGAAUGUCACAGUGCAUGGAAGUAAACCACUGAUGGACUUAGUAGUGACUCUCUGUGCAAGUGACCGCCUGAAUCCUUCGGACUACACUGUAGAUAUUCUAUCAUCAAACAAGAGCAGCAUCAGCUUCAAACCAAACUCUCCUAUUGGCUCACUAGAAGCUGAGAAGAUUGUGCUGAAGCCCAAAGGGAUGGAGGAAAAGAUCAAGAUGCCAUACAUGCCUGAGGCAACUGUGCGUCUGUUGAUCAACUACAACAAGUCCCAUAAGACCGUGGUGCGAGUGAAUCCCAAACUGCCGCUCAACGCACUGCUACCGGUGGUGUGUGACAAGUGUGAGUUGAAAGUGGAAACAACCAUUUUACUGAAAGACUCUCAGUCCGAAGAGCCGCUGGACCUGACUAAGACCUUAAGUGACCAUGGUAUCAGGGAAGUGUUUGCCAGAGACACGGCAGCUAAAGACCUCACUGACUCCCAACAUCAGCCCAAGACAGCUGAAACAGCAGAAGUCAUCUCAUCUCCAUCAUCUACACUGCAAGACCUGCCUAAAAAGGAGAAGAAAUGGAAGGAGAACAAAGGAUUCUUUAGCUUAUUCAGAAGAAGGAAGAAGAAACAUGAAAUGGAGGGGGCAGCAAGUGCUCCUGUAUCUCCAGGUCUCAGGAAACACGUGGUAGUCCAUAUGAAUUCAGAGAGCAUUUCCUCUUCCAGCACCUUGCCUGCAGAUAAGCCCAAGAAGAGGCGAGCCCCCCAGCCACCAAUGACUGUUUCACAGAGUGUCCUCAACGACCUCAGCACCUGCAAUUUAGAAGGAGCACAGAGGUCUGCUGGAUCUACCUUAAGGAGUACCAAGAGGAGGGCCCCACCACCUCCUUGUGCAAACACACUCCAGGAGCUGCCAGCACAUACUAAUGUUAAAGAGGUCAUGAACUCCCUGAACACUCUGGAGGAGCUGAAAGAAAGCGAUGAGUCUGUAAACAGGUCACCGUCUUCAUCGGCACAUCCGUUACAGCCACAGUUAGGUUCUUCCACUUCACAGCCAUCAGUGGCUCAUCGCCAUCAAAUGGCUGAUCCCUAUUUGCCUUCGUUUCGAGGCAAAGACUUCUGCAGUGCUCGCUGCACUCUUGCCAAAGUCCUGAUGUCUUCUGUUUCUAAAGCGGCGCUGGUCAGACAUUUGAAGAAUUCUGCCACCUUCCCAAAAUUUCAAAAUGGCUCCUCCUCUAUGUCCAUGAGCCCAAACUGUCUAGGUAAUGUUUUCUCUACAGAGGUUCAGUCAGUUCUCAAAUCUAACCACCCAACUGAGAAUGAAUGGGAGGAUCCAGCACUGAAGAGGGGGCUGACCACUUUUAAAGUGAUCCCUCCAAAGAAACCAGAGUCCCUCAAUCCAGAGCUUACCCCAGAUGUUCAAGACCAGUGCCCGAUAUCCUCAGAAGAUAGACCUGAGAGGAAAGCGCAUGAAGUUGGGAAUAAUCAAACAGAUAAUGAGGAGAAACCACAAUUCCCUAAUAUAUCAGAGAGUGAAGCCCCUGCACCCAGUCCAGGAACCUCCUCUCAGCAGAUUCAGGUUUCUGACAGCUCGGCUUCUCCUUCACUUCUGGAUGAGUUAAGUGAUCAGAACUGUCCCAGCACACCUCUAUCUGAGGUUGAGGACACCACUGAAGAGCAGAGGGAAGAGGAAGGCUAUGAGGUCACAUCUGAGGUGAUUCCAGUCUGCAAUGAUGGAGAAGUUACUACCGAAGAGCACAUCAACUCAGAAGGUCAGAAGGAAUUUAUCCACAGCUCCAAUGCAGACAUGGAGCAAUGUAGUACAGGCACUGACGAGAAGGAAGUUGAAGAACAAACGCUACAAGAAGAGGAGAAGGAGGAGAGCACCUUCCCUCCCCCUCCUCCACCUGUCUUUUUCAGUGACGACACAGAGAUAAUGGAGAGUGAAAGGGAGGAUACCACAUCUUCCUCUCUGCCAUCCUCCCAAAUACCAAGUCCGACCUUCAAUGGGCAAAUUAAUGAAUUCAGUGAGGCCCUUCAAGACGAAUCUACCUCACCUAUGUCUGAACAGUCUUUGGAGAAGAAGAGUGCAGCCCCGUCCAAAUUUGCUCAGGCAGUAGCAAUAGCUGUCCAGAGAUCUCGUUGUGGUAAAGGUCCUCAGCUUUCCGGUGGUCCACAUAGUUUGCUUCCAUCACCGCCCAGGUCCACAUAUCAGUAUGGUGCCUGACCUGCUUCCUCUCAUAUCUUUGAAUGGAAGUCCUUGUCCAGACUAGGCUGAUCGAUUUCUGAGUAUGGCACCAGUUUUGUUUUCAUUUAUUGUUGGUUUUUUUGAGGUUUGUGCAGGACACCUUUUUUGUCUCUCUCUCUCUUUCUUUUCUAUGUUGGACUUUGUUUCCAUGUUGAACAUAAACAUUUUAUGUUGCGAAGAAGGCCAAAUUCACAGAACAUGAGCUGUUGAAAUGAUAGUGUCCUGUUUUUUGUUUUUUUUUUUCUUUACUUCCCUUUACCUUUUCAUUCAACAUGUGCCAUCACGGACACACCGCUGCAUGAGAGCUUUUUGAUUGAUUUAUUUAUUUUUUCGUCUGUUACUGCUCUUAGAGGCUUAUUUUAUGUUUGUUUUGAAAUGUAUUUCCUCCUUCAGGAUGCACAUUUGUAUGCUUCCAUAUAUGAGUCACACAGUAAAACUCUGAGAACUGUGUC